AUGUGGAUAGCGAACUGUUUGGCUUGAUUAUAUCCUGAUGCGCCUGUAAAAAAUGGUGGUGUUUACAUGCAAUGCCUGUGGAGACUCGCUGAAGAAGAACCAAGUGGAGAGUCACUAUCUGGGGAAGUGUCGUCGCUGUGAAGUUGUGUCCUGCGUUGACUGUGGAAAGGACUUCUGGGGCAAUGACUACCAGAGCCACAUCAAGUGUAUAAGUGAGGAAGAGAAAUACUCUGGUAAAAACUACAAACCUAAGGCCAAUGCCAAUAAAGGGGACGCAAAGCAGGAACUUUGGCUACAGCAAGUUCAAGAUGCAAUAGACAAAUGUAGCGCCAAUGCCCAGUUAAAAGGCUUAUUAGAGAGGAUGAAAGAUUAUCCAAACAUUCCCAGAAAAAGAGCAAAGUUUGAGAAUUUUGUUGGUAACAGUUUAAACACAAGAAACAAUUACCUGAUAAAUCAGGCGUGGGAUUUGUUAAUGGAAAAUACAGCAAAGAAUAAACCGCCAGAAAAGAAAUCUGUUGAAAAUGGUCAAGCAAACGGAAUGAGCCAAUCAGCGACAGAGAAAAGUGAUGAAAAUUCUAAACCGACGACGGAGGAAGAACAAUGUGAGGAAAGAAAACUAAGUAAAAGAGAGAAAAAGGAAGAAAGGAGUAAAAAACAUAACAAAAAGGAGAAAAAAGACAGACAUGAGCAAAGUGAAAAUGUAGACUGUGAAAAAAGUAAAAAGAAAAAGAGCAAGAAACGAAAGAGAGAAGAAGAGGAGGAGGAGGAAUGUAAUGAAGAAGAGCAGCCUACAAAGAUUAAGAAGAAGAAGAGGAGUAAGAAAGAAAAUGCAGAUGAAUCUAUAUCUGCAAACCCUAAUAUAGAGGAGGAGGAAGAUACAGAGGAGAGUCCUGCCAAGAGAGGGACCAAAUUUGAUUGGGUGGAGGUGAUCACUUCACUACUACAGAGUAAAGGCGAGAUAACUUUGAAAAAGCUCCGUAAAAAGGUACUUGCAGAAUAUUUGUCACAAGGAGGACGAGCCAUGACAGAGGAAAAGCUGGGCGCCACAUUUACCAAAAAAGUGACCAAAAACCCCACAUUUGUAGUGCACAAGGAACGGGUGAAAUUACGGGACAGAAAAUAAUAAUUGCAAUAUUUCUAUUUAAUGUAAAGCUUGGCAAGAUGACAGCUGACCAGAAACUUUUUUUUUUUUUAUCUAAAAUUCACCUUAAUUUGGUUUUACCAUUUCAGAAUGAACUUAACUGCCAUGUCAGUUCAAAUAGAUGAUACAUGUCUUGUCAAUAAUACAUUUUAUUUGUACACAGAAAGAUACUAUUGAUAAUAAAUAUAUUUUAUCUCUACA